AAAGUCUUCAAAGGUCUCUUAAAUCCAUUUUUCUGGAUUCUGUACUCGAUUUUGACUGGCCAGCUUCUUUAAAUUGAGAUUUGGCCCUUUUGUUUAAUCCAUAUCGAUAUCCUUUAACUCUGGCUCACUACCCAUGAUCUACGAGACGUCUCUCAUUCCUGGUGAAGGAAUUGGCAACAUCAAGCUCGGCGAUACGCUCUAUAAUGUUAUCAAGCACUUGGACAAGUACAACUAUAAACUUCGAAUCAGCUACUCCAAUUCCCAGUACUUGGAAACACCGAUUGUGGUGACAGCAACGGAGUUUGGCAUCCGACUCACUUUCAGCAACAAGAAGCAGCAAACGCUCGAGCUCAUUGAAUUUUUGGAUGUCGACAGUCCUUCGCAUAGCAGCGGCACGUUGACGUCGCGUCACAGCCGCCUUCUCAAGUUAAUUUAUAACGGAGUAAGUCUUAAUGAAUUCGAAAGCGUUUCCACUAACAACAGCGAAACGGCAUCGUCUUAUUCGUCAGCUGCAUCUUCCAACUCAACGUUCCACGCAUUGUUGUCUAACGGUCCGACUUUCAAGGCGAUCUACAACAAGAUUUUUGGUCCAACUUAUCCCGGAAAGUUGAACCAAGAUUGCAACACGUAUAUAUUGUCGUAUCCUGGUAUCUCUUUCAAGUUCACUAUAGCCAACGAUCAGCUCUUGGAAAGUCUCAAAAACAAGGACGAUGAUCUCAUCUUGUCUACCUUAUUGAAUUGGGACGCUGCCUCGGACGUAAGAUGUUUAUCCAUUGCUCUUUAUAAGGGCAAUUCGUGGAGUGAGUUCGAAAAGGAGUUUGUAAAAGUGAAGGAAAACUCCGGAUCCGUUGAAACAUCUACCUUAAAAAGCGUAGUCAAAGAUGAGAUAUCGUCUGUAAAUGCUAAUUUGAAAGAUGGGAUAAUCUCUAUAUCUUUUAAAGGAUCCGAUAAAACUCCAGCAACAAUUGUCAUCGGUAAAACGACUCAACAGGAAGUGUUGAACAUCUUGGGACCUCCAGAUGAUUACUUUAAUAAAUUUGAUUCACGAUUGUUGAUCCAUAAACAUUUGCUGGAAUUGUUGUCUUCCAACGAAAACGACAUGUCUCACUAUAAAUUUCACAACUACUUCAGAUACGGUAUUGAUAUUUUGUACGAUUUGAAUACCAGUAGAUCUAGCAGAAACCAGCACGCAUCUAGUACGACCGUUAAAAAAUUCAUCAUUCACAAUGGUGGCAUUACUGAAAGCUUAGACUUCAUGAAAUGGAACAGAUGUAACUGGGAAAUCACUGCAGGCAGUGAAACUGGUUCUGAUAUAAAAUUCAACUCAGAGAUGUAUUUCCACCAGUUACCCGAAGAAUUGAGGAAGUUGACUCCGGUACUUUUGAACAGAAUUGAGUCAGAAUUCAUAGACAACGACUUGGACAUAAUUGAAUUUCCCAAUGAAUCCACACGUGCUAAAACAAAGCUGGACAGUCAAUUGGAAAGGAAGGAAGAUGAAAAGGUGAAGACUUGGGGACAGUCCAAGCUCUAUGGUUAUGGCAGGUGUAUAUUGGAGGUGAUCAAUUCUAACGGCUGCAUUGUAGCAGUGACUAUUUAUUAAGUGUUGUGCAAUUUGUGAGAAAGCAGUAAUUCCUACAUGAGUCUUGUUUUGUUUCUAAGAGUAAUUAGUAUAUAUUGACAUUAGCAGUAGAAUUGAAGUGUAAGUACGGUAUCCCAAAAUGCAAGGUGAGAAGUGAAAUGAAUGAAAGGCCAGCUUCCGUCAAAU